UCUAAUUGAAUUUCUUUUUCUCCAGGAAUUAUGCAAUGCCUAGUUAUUGGGGAUCCAGUAUCACCAGUAACUUGAAAUCUGCCAGUUUGGAGGAUGUCUAACAGCCAUGGCAAAUGUAGCCUUUGGAGGAAGCAAGAGUGAUAUUUUUAGCACCACCAGUCAUCAUGGCAACAACCACACGGGGAAACAACACUACCGCCCAUGGUAAUGUUGGCUGCAGUGAUGGGAGUGCCAAUGGCAAUGGAAGCAACAAGCAAGAGCAGGUCGUGUGUGAUAAUUCUGUCGUUCCACCUGUAUGUGAAGCAGGCAGGGUGGGUUCCGAAGGAGGCAGGGGUGUUGGCAACCUCACAUCCACUUACCAAGCCCACAGACAAGUGGCAGGGGGAUGCAGAAGUGCAGCUGCAGCUCAUACUACUUACCAUCAUGGAGGAGGGGAGGCUGGAGGGGGCCCAAGUAGUAAUGGGGGAGUGGCUGUGUCCUCUGCCUAUCAUGCAGGAAAUGGCAGCAACGCAGUGCAGGAAGGAGAUACAGCAGGAGCAGAUGGUGCUGGAGGUGCUGCUGCAGGAGGAGGAGGAGGCGGUGGUGGUGGUGGCUCCUCAGCAAUUCCAACCACUUAUAAUGAGGGAGGGGGGGAGGGGGAGGUGGCAACGUGACAAUAGCUGCCAGUGGGAGCGGUGUUACAAAUAACACAUCCUCAAGCUAUCACAUGGCUCAUGGAGGAGGGACAGGAACAGUAGCAGGAGCAGGCGCAGCAGUAGGAGGAACCAGCACAGGGAACGGAACCUCAACUGGGCAGGUUAACGCCACAACCAGCUACUAUUACACGCCCAUUUUGAACUCUCAGCAGACCCUCCUUAGGCCAAUCAUGACAGCACAGCCGCCUCUCUACUCUCCCCUUCUUCCACCUCAGCAGCACACUUAUGCCAUGCCCCAUGCAUCACCCUCAGCUGGAUCUACAUAUUUUGCAAACCUGAGUGAGAGCAUGCGAGGGGGGUUAAGUGACAUGAUCCCAGGAUCAUCAGACAGCCUCUACAAGGAAGUGGGGCAUCUGGGAAGACAAGGCCAGGGAACAGGCAUCACUCACUCCUCAAGCCUUGUGAUGCCUCUGCUGACCCUCGGCAGUAUGCCAUGGAGUGUGCCAGCGGAGAUUACCACAGGAGGGAGUUUACAAUGGCGGGACUUACCCAUCAUGCGGUGGGGAAGUGACGAGGCCCAACCACACUACUCAUCACGAGCAGAGGGCGGCGUCCUAUGA